AGCACUUCCUGUAUAGUGGACGAAACCAAAGAAGACGAAGAAGACCUGUAAUGUUUUUCCACGUGAGGAGCAAAGACCGUUGAGUGUCAUAUUUGUCUCCAGAAAGACAUUUUUAUUCUGGCCAAUGGACGACGAGUUUACGCAAGGUUACCGUGAGGCGUGUGCUCAGUGCGCAUGUGUGGAUUGGGGCGUAUCUGAAGAAGGUCGCUUCUUCUGCAGGUCGUGCCACAAUGUCAUUGAGAGAACCCGCGAGGUGGACUCGCAGGUGUACGCGCAGGGAACGUCCCAAGUCUCCACCAUCAGCCGGCGGAGCCGCACAAAGAAGCGAGAGCAAGGUCGUCAGUGGAUGGUGUGUGAAGCCUUCCAGUUCAUUCUGAGGAAGCAAGCAAGCGCACUGCUAGAGUUGGGCGUGGACCCGCCCUUCAAGGACGACGUGUUGUGGCAGCUGUGGCGACGCUUCUUGCAGACAAGCCGGCUGGCAUACACACACGCUCCCGUCAGGAGCAGCAUGUUCAAAGUGGUGAGGCGGCCUACGAGCCACAUGAUCAGCAGGUGCAUGUGGCCCAUGGUUGACGUGUCAGCUUGUCAUCUUCAGCGAGCCGAGGAGUCGGAUAUAGAAAGCGGGGCAGAGUCGUCCUUCCUGUCUGCCAGUGAGACAGGCGGCGAGACGGACCCACCUAGCACAGCUGAAUCGCAAGCAGAUAGCUGCAGCGAUAGGUCCACAUGCUCUCUGGACGGUGCCGCCUAUCUGACGUCUCGCCUCAGGCCACGACGCGAUCGCAUGAGCAUGACCAAGACUCUAGCUCUGAUCCACUUGGCGCUGGUCUGGAGCCGCCAGGCGCUGACACUGGGUGACUUGCUCAGGCUGGUGAGCGAAGGACACGUGCCGUAUGUCAACGUCUACGAGGAACUUCCUAAGGAGAUGCAGCUGGACGGCCCGGAUGCACUCAUCUUUAGAGUCCAAAGCGUCCCCUCACACCGCAGCCUGCACAGGGAGGCUGAGGCCCUUGCACGCUUCCUGCAACUUCCCGCUUUUCCUCCAAUCGGCCGACGGGACCUGCUGCAUCCUGUGCUGCUCAGCCUGCGCUACCUGAGUGACGCCAACCUGCCCGAUGAGCUCCACCCUUGGGUGUGUGUGCUGAUGGAGCGUGUCGGCAUGGCGGAGGCAGCGCUGCACACGGUGGAUCCCUCACGCCGCUAUACACUGCCUCAGUAUGACGUCCAGGCCGCCGCCCUCAUCAUCGUCACCAUGAAGCUCGUCUUCGGCCUGGACGACCGCACAGAGUGGGAUUUUGCAAAUGAUGCUGGCACCAAAGAACAUAACCUCCUGGCUGAUGGAGUCGUGUCACAUGACCACUUUAACCUGAGGAGGUGGUACCGGCUGCUGCACGCCGCUCUGCUGCGGGCUGAGCACACACGACACCAGGACGUCGCCAGGAAGCAGUGGAAGGCCACGCCCCUUUACCCCAACAGGAAGCAUAAAUGUGUGGUCAUGAAAAAGAAAAGAGUUGCCGAGCAGCUCCAGCUAUGUUUCCAGAGAUUGUCAUCUCAGCCUGCCCAGGCCCCCCCUGCGGCUCCGUCCACUUUCAGGUUUUGUUGGGGGGACGAGGACGGCGCCGAUGGUCCCAGUCUGCAUCACAACACUCUGAAGGCUGUCGUGACCCUGAAACAGGAAGUGCUGACUCCUGUUAACUUCACAUACUGGCACGUGCCGCUCAGACCCUGUGACCCCCGGAAGUGUGGCAGCCAUUAUUCGGUGGUCGAGGCGACGCUCCCGCGCUCCUUCGUGUGGCUGCUGAAGCUCUUCAGCUUCCUGCUGCAGGUCAGCCCCGCUCACCUCUACCAGGAAGUGCUGAGCAUGGAGAGACGUCUCCUCAGAAACAGGACGGCCCCGGGACAAUGCUCAGGGAAGAGGACAUCCGGGGUGAUGGGAACUCCCCCCAGGACUAGGAGGUCACGCCUCAGAAGAAACAAACUUGUGACGACAUAAACGCAGUACGAGGUCAUUUGAGGUAAUGCAGCGCUGUAGCACCGCCAUGGCAACAGAACAACAGUGUUGCCUAGCAACAGUGGCAGCAUGCAACUGUUUCCUGAAAAGACCUCUGUAGGCCAAAUGAGGCCACUGCAGCCUGAACAAAGACUCACCUCUUCACAUUUUACAUUGCAUUACAUUCACUCUUUCUACCUCACAUACACAUACCAUUAAGACCAAAACUGAUGCUUAAGCUGAUCGUAUCCAUGGCAGCAGACUGUUCACUGUUUAGUUCUGUGUGUGUUUGUGUGUGUGAGUGUGUGUGUGUGACAGUCAGUUGAUGAUGAUCUCUUUCUGUGAGAACUGCUAUGCUAGCUAAUCUUUCGGUAAGCCACCACCAUCAUCAUUGCUAAACUAAAAGUCUAGUAUCCAUUAUGACUGCUAAUUGGUCAUACAGUAUGUAUCCAAAUACUUUUUUUUUUUAAUGACCUCGGUGAACUGGAACUGGGACCUCCCCCGUCCUCCGUCAUGCUGGCUUUGUCCCGCUUUUGUGUGAGAGUGAGUGCACGUGUUGACUUCUCUGCAGCCUGCACGUGCACGGGUAAGCUGAGGCCACCCCCCACCCCCCACCCCCGUCAAUCACACAGGCAGACGGAGCGUCAUGGCCGCUGCCACAGAAAGCAGCGAGGAAUUAACUAGUUUCUUUGUCUGCCUGCCCCCCCCCCAACAGGAAGAUGUGUCACCUGGUCUAUGAUGGACAUUACAAAUUGCAGCAACAACAAAGGAGCCAACCACUCUGCCCCUGCCCCCCUUCUUGAUAGGAGGCUUGUUUACUGCCUCUACACACACACACACACAAGUGGGUGGGGUCACAUCUGCGCUUUGUUCUGUUUAAACUUUUAAUAAAUACCUUUAUUU